AUGUCGAGCGAAUCAUUGAAUACAAAUAUUGAAAUCGAUAUUGCUAUGGACGAAACAUCAAUCGACGAAGAACCAAACAAUUUAUUUGAUGAUGUUAUUGACAAUUGGUCAAUUGGUGUUGUUGAAAAUUUGGAUUCAUCUGCAUUUGAUACAUUACGAGAAGAUAUUGCUACUUUGAUGAAAAAAUGCCGAUCAAUUAUUAAACCUAUUAAUAAAUCAACUAUUUUAAUGAAUUAUGUUGUUAAUCUUAAACCACAAUUUAAAAUUUCUCAUUGUCUUCAAUUAGAUUGUAAAAGUCAAUGGAACUCAUCUUAUCCUUUAAUUGAAUCUAUAUUAAUGUAUAAAAUGAUCAUUAACAAGUUUAAUAGCGAAAAACAUGAUAUUGGUCUUAAUAAGAAACAAACGACAAAACUUUAUUCAAUUGAAUUAGAUCAAUAUGACUGGAAGCUUCUUGAAUUAUUAGAAUAUGUGUUGAAGCCAGUGGUAGAAGCAACACAACUUAUUAGCGGUAGUCAGUAUCCGACAAUAGGUAUUAGUUAUUUUGUUAUUGUUCAAAUUCGAGAUUUUAUCGAAGAUUCAAUUGAUGCUGAUAUUAAUGAUUGGAAAAUUUUAUGUGAUUUGAAAAUCAUGUUACUGAAACAAGUUCAAAAAUAUUUUAUUCAAAAAGAUGAACAAUGGGAAUUGAUGAAAAAUUAUUCGUAUUUCGAUCCUGUUGGAUAUGGUUAUUUAACACGACGUGAACGACGAGCAAUUGAACAAUAUAUUAAUGAAUUACAUGAACAGUAUGAUAUUGAAGAAACAAUUGAUCAACAAGAAGUUAAUCAAAUACAGUUCAAGAUGAAUAUGAAAGAAAAAUCUAAACAAUCAAAGUCUUCGUCCAUGGCAAAAUUUCUUAAUUCUAUUGGUAAAAAAAAUACAUCUUCACAAUUAAUUGCUACAACAGCUAUUAAGAAAAAAUUAGCUGAAGAAAUGGCUGCAUAUAGGUCAUUAGCUCAACGAGAAUAUAAUUCUAUUAUUGCUGAUGAGAAAGAUCCAGAUGUUGUAAGUAUUCUAUAA